AUGGCGACAACAACAACAACAACAGUCGCAGCUACUACGACAACUAUAAAUAUUCAUUCAUCACCAGAUGAAGUGUUAUUCUAUGCAAAUGAUACAUCUUAUGAAUUUGUUGAACAAUAUCUAGACGUGUUAAAAGUUGAAUGUGAAGCUUUGGAUGAUAUACAAAUUCGUGUAUGUUUUAAAUUGAAAGAUAAUACAUAUAUGGUGAAACCGGGUAUGGUAGUAGAUGCUGAAGGUUUUCUUGUGGCAUUAAGAGCAAAAGAUAAGAAUAUUUGA